CUUUACUCCUCCCCACCUAAAACAAAACACCGGGAUAGGUCGGACACCAUUAUUGCGAGUGCAGCGAGCUUCCCCUUCCCUGACUCCCACGGGCCACGGUCCUGCUGCUCGCCUGCUCCUCCCAAGAAAUGCCUGUCUGGUGCGGUUCCUGAGGGAGAGGAUCGUUCCAUGAUGCAGGGGAGGAGGAAGAACACACGGGAGAUGGCUCGGGAGCAUCCGCAACCGCCGCCGGUGGCAGCGGCGGCGGCGUCGGCGGCCAGCUCCAAAGGCCAAGCAUGGUUCUGCACCACAGGAUUGCCCAGCGAUGUAGUGAUCGAGGUGGGAGACAUGACCUUUCAUCUCCACAAGUUCCCGUUAAUGUCGAGGAGCAAGAAGCUUCACGACCUCAUUACGAACAAGGAGUCGCGCGAGGCCAGCCGGAGAGGCAGAGGAGCAGAGCAAGAAGAGGAUGUGGGGGAGAUCAGAGAGGAGGAAGCGGACCUUGUGCUGGAGGAGGACGAGGAGGCGGGCGUGCACCGCAUCCACCUCCUGGAGUUCCCCGGCGGCGCGGAGGCGUUCGAGCUGGCCGCCAAGUUCUGCUACGGCGUGAAGCUCGACCUCACGCCGGCCACGGCCGCGCCGCUGCGCUGCGCCGCCGAGCGCCUCGGCAUGUCUGACGACCACUCGGACGACAACCUCGUCUCCCGCGCCGACCGGUUCAUAUCGCAGACCGUGCUGAGGAACCCCAGGGAUGCCAUCCGCGCCCUCAAGUCCUGCGAGGGCCUGCUCCCCCUCGCCGACGACCUCGGCCUCGUGUCGCGCUGCGUGGACGCAGUCGCCGCCAAGGCCGCCGCGUCAACGCCCACGGCACUCUUCGGCUGGCCCAUCGCCGACGACGACAGGGCCGGCGAACGCCAGCGCCGCAAGAACGCCGCCGCCGCCGCCGGGGCCACCUGGUCCGACGACCUCGCUGGCCUGUCCUUGGCCACGUUCACCCGUGUCAUUGCCGCCAUGAAGGAGCGCGGCGUCGGCCCUGAGGUCAUUGAGGGGGCUCUCAUUGCGUACGCUAAGCGGUCCAUCCCCGGGCUGUCGCGCACCGGCAGGCAUGUCGGCGGCGGCGGGGGCACUGCCGCUGCGCCGCCUUCGUCCGAUGUGGAGGAGCAGAAGGCGCUUCUCGAGACCGUCAUUGCCAACCUCCCAGAGGAAACCAUCAAGAGCACCGCCCACACCGGCACGGCCGUGGGCGCCACCACGGCGCGCGUCCUCUUCGGUCUCCUGCGCACGGCGAGCAUCCUCCACGCGUCGGAGGCGUCACGGGACAUGCUUGAGCGGCGCAUCGCCGCGCGGCUGCCCGACGCGGCCGUCGAUGACCUGCUCAUCCCGAGCUACUCGUACCUCGUGGAGACGCUCUACGACGUGGACGGCGUCGAGCGCAUCGUGCGGUAUUUCCUCGAAGGUCGUGACGUCGCUGACGAGGGCAACGAAGAGGAGGGCAGCGAGGCGGAGACGCCAGGCAGAGAGGCUAGCCGACGAGCCAUGCUGUCCGUGGGGAGAUUGGUGGAUGCCUACUUGGGGGAGAUCGCGACAGAUGCCAACCUGAAGCCGGACAAAUUCUGCGACCUCGCCUGGGCGUUGCCGGACGGCGCCCGCGUGUACGAUGAUGGCCUUUACCGAGCUGUCGACAUCUACCUCAAGGCUCAUCCGGGUCUGAGUGAAGAAGAGAAGGAGAAGGUGAGCGGCGUGGUGGACGGGCGGAAGCUCACGCUGGAGGCCUGCACGCACGCGGCGCAGAACGAACGGCUGCCGCUGCGGACGGUCGUGCAGGUGCUCUUCUUCGAGCAGCUCCAGCUGCGCCGGGCCAUCGCUCAGACGAUCAUGGCGAACGAAGGCGGCGCAGCCGGGUCAGGGGAGGAAGGCGGUGAGAGCGACGGCGGCGGUACAUGGCGCGUGGCGGCACGGGGCAACCAGAUGCUGCGGCUCGACAUGGACAGCAUGCGGAACCGCGUGCAGGAGCUCGAGCGCGAGUGCACGAGCAUGAGGAAAGCCAUCGACAAGAUGGACCGGCGAGGCGGGGCACCGGUGGAUAGGGGAGCGCCGUCUGUGCCGCCGGCGGAUGGGAGGUGGGGCGCGAUAGUGACGAAGCGGUUCGGGUGCAAGUUCCCGGCGCAGGUCUGCCAGUCGCAGCAGCGGACGGUGGUGGCACGGACUCGCCGGCCACGCAUUGAGCAGAGCCCCUGAGUUCUUAGCCAUUGCACAUCCUAGCUUCGAGUUCAUUGUUCUGUUCUCUUGAUUCUUUCCUUGGAUUUGUGAAAAAUUCCCUGAGUUUCCCCUGCGGCCUGCGCAGUUAUUGUGUCCUUUUCCAUGUUCGAUCAUUCAAUUGCAUAUUUGCAGUUUGCAGUUGCAGCGCACAAAUCGUACUUGGAAGUCGGUGAUGUUGCUGGCCAAUGCUUCUACAAGUUGGCUCAACCAAUUCUUUGAUCCUUCUCUCGCCACUAACAAGUGUUACGAAUUUACAAACAUUUUAUGG